UGCUUGUAGUGUUUAGAAUGGUCAGUUCUGGACUAAACUUCCCAAGAAGUCUGAUGAAGUGUCUGAUGCUGCAGAAUAACAGCUUUGAGAUUUAUAUGUGACGAAGACCCAAGAUAUUCUGAGGACACAAGGCCUCAAGAGUGAGAACAAGAGUGAGAAGCUUGACCCAUCUAAGAAAAAUACAAAUAAAAAAAACCCCGGUGCACCAUGAGGAGAAACUGACUGCUUUACAUGGUUUGGAAAAACAGGACAAAGCCAGGAUGAAUGUGAAAAGGAAGGAGAUGGAUUUCUUGAGCAACACUAUUGCUGCUUAUGCUCAUGUUAAAGCCAAUCCAGAGAGUUUCGGCCUUUACUUUGUCAUCGGUGUCUGUUUUGGCCUGGUGCUCACUCUUUGCCUCUUGGUCAUUCGGAUUUCCUGCAAGCCUCGGACCACUACGGCGCCCCCCACGCCAGAGAAAAAACAUCUGAAAGACUAUAGUGAGGAGGAGGAGGAGGAAGAUGAAGAGAGCGAUGAAGAGGAGGAGGAAGAUGCAGUAGGCCUGGAGUCCUCUAUCCAGCACAGCACCACAGAGAUCCCCAUGAGCAACCACCUCAUCACGCCGGACGGGACUCUGAGCAGGAACGUGUUCACCUCAGCUGAGGAGCUGGAGCGGGCACAGCGAUUGGAGGAAAGGGAGAGGAUCAUCAGGGAAAUCUGGAGAAACGGACAGCCAGAUAUUCUGGGAACAGGGACAGGCACUAUUGGAAGAGUGCACUACUACUAACACUCCUGAACACAAACUCAAGCCAUUUCACCUGUUGAGUGCAGUAUUGUUAAUGGACAGUGUUUCCAAAUACUGAUGUUAUUGUAAUCCUACAGACCACGGGUACAGCUGUUCUGUAUGCAAUAUUUGGUUACUGUCAGUCCUCCCCAUGUCAUGGUGCUUAUUAAAAAGUCAUUUUAAAGCAUGAAUUUAGGCUUUGAUGUCAGAGUUGAUGUUUAAAAAUUAUUUGUGAAUUGUACAUGAUUAUUAGAAGCUCACUGAAAGCAAAUGCACUUUUGCACCAUGCCAUUAAUUGUGUAUAGAUUUUAUCCUUGCUUUUUUUUUUUUACUUAACCCCCCCCCCCCCCCCAAUGUCAAAUCAUGCAGUAACUCUGAACAGAAAUUACAAUUUGAUGCAGAUGAGAUCAUUAUUUUCAUGAUUUAUACUAAUUUGUCUAAAUAAAUAAUAAUAAAAAAAGCUAAAGUUAAUUGUUUUUAAUGCAACAAUGUGAAAUAGCAAAUAGGCAUCACGACAUUGUAAUGUAUAUGAAAACUACAUAUUACUUUGAGAUUUACAAUGUAUUUUAAGAUUAAUUGUGAGAGAUAGAUCGUAAAAUGAAAUUAUAAAAGGGGGGUUUUGAAAUAAGCCUGCACAAAAAAGAAAU